GAGUUGGGGGAGAAACAGAGAGGGAGACUGUAGUGUUGAAUCAAGGGGAAGUGAGACAGGAAUCCUUGUCUGAAGAAGGGUCUCGACCCGAAACGUCACCAAUUCCUUCACUACAUAGAUGCUGCCUCACCCGCUGAGUUUCUCCAGCAUUUUUGUCCACCAGGAAUCCUUGUCAGUAUCCUUGCCCGGAACAACUUGCUAAUGGCACUUUGCAACUACUUGGAGGAAGAGUGCAGGGAUAGUUAAAAGUGAAUAACAAUUGAUAUAUUUUUCUACUGAUGCAAUACCCAACUUUUACAUUGGCCCUGUAUUUGUUCUCUGAAGAUGUUCUGAAACAGGUCUGUAGAUGAUUGGAAGUGCAGUGGUGGCCAUGUAAAUAUGCAUUAAUACCUCAUUUCAAUCCCUCAGGCUUCACUGAAGUAUUGCAGGUGGGAAUUUAUCUAUUACAUUUCUGUUAAAGUCUUUUCACUUUAAAUUUAAGUCAAAAUGAAGAGUAACAGGAAGCAGAGACAGAUUUUAUUUUUUUUUUAAAUGAGAGAGGAACACUUCAAUUUGCACCAUUCCUCCCACUGCCCACUGCCCAAUAUACUGGAAACGUUGCAGAGGCAACUGGGUGCCUUGAAGAGUAACAGAGAUAGGAAUAGAAAUGCAGCGUAGACUGGUUAGUUGGGCCAAAUGGUCUCCCUCAUCUCUACUAAUUUGACAAUCCCCUUGAGAGCUGACCCAUUUCUAAGAGAUCCUAAUGAUAGGUUUACUUUCCAGUUAAUAUAUGGCUGGCAAAGAUUGAGAACAUGGUAGAUUAUUUCCCUUUAAAAUGGUAAUUUAAGAAGCCUUUAUUAGCUCCGAGCAUGCAGAGCUUGCAAAGAUGCCAACAGUUCUGUAUGGGUUUCAGGCAAAAGCUUGAUAUCUCUAACAGUUUCAGCAUAGUCGAAGCUUCCUUCUUAUUUCGAUUCUUCACCCCUCCCUGAGAUGUCCAUCUUUGCUGGGGUUAGGCACCAGGGAGAUCAGGGCUAGAAAUGUAACUUAGUCAACUGGCAAUAAGUAUGUGUGAGAAUAUGAAACUUCAGUGGAACUGAAUGUGUAGAGGUGAAUCAAAACUGUGGCCAUUAAUUAUUCUCAUGUGAAAUUAGUCUGGGUGAUCCAGGACAAUUUCCCCCGAGGUCUUUUUCUUCAUUAGCCUUUCUUAAUUCCAAGUCUAGACAAUAAAUAGUGGCAAUUGUCCAGUCCCAUCCUGUUUAUAUCCUGACACCCAUAUACCAGCAGAGGUCAGUGAACAGUGAGCAGAAGCAUUUCUCCGCUUAACCCUGGUUAUUAAGUCCAGCUGUAGUAUUUAAGAGCAUACUCAGAUCAGAUGAGGAUUUGCUUAGGCAAUCUAAUUUCCAAUCCAUGCUUAUAUUGAACAAAAACAGCAACAAAAAAUAUUUAACCACAUAUGAAACAUCCUUUAUAUUAUAAGUAAUUUUCAAAAGGGUGGUAGAUGCACUGGAUAAAUGCAGUAACAACCUUCGCUAUAAAAUGGUAAGCUGAUUGGUUUUCUAACAGCUUUUCCUUAUGCUGUCUGAAUUAGGCAAAAAGUAACACUAGCCUUUAAGGAGGUUUAUCAUUUCAUGAGGAUCUAUUGGCAUAAAAUAUGCUAAUGCAUCCCCUUGCCUUUAACUAGACCUGUUCAAUGUUUUCUACGCAGUUAUAACUGUGAACAGAGUCACAAGUCUGUUGUUGGUACUUGGUUAUACAUCUAGUAAUGGUGUACAAGACCCACCCAACCAGCACUGCACUAACAAAGGCAUGUUUGGGCCAAGCAUUGGUGUCAGCUAUCACUUAACCUUGGUGGACCUGCUAAAGAUUUCACGUCAAGGUUAACUGUCUUUAACCACCUCAAGAGUCCAACGGCAUAGUUUUAGUUAUCAAAUGAAGUAUUCCAUGGAAUGGAACUAGAAAUGUUUAAUUUAAUGGCCUUUGUCCUUGAAAGUGGAUUUUCCGAUUGCUCCAAUCCUGCAAAUAAACUCGGAAUGUCAGCAACACUUCUACAACUGAACCUCCAGUGAAUGUACUUGAGUCAAUAAUUUUACUGCAUUAUCCUGCAUUACUAUAACGAGAAAAAUAGUUCAGUUAAGUACUUGGCAUGCGAACCCUCUGGGACAUUCUGAAAUUGUUAAAUGUUCUACAUUUUCCAAGUUUUCUCUUCAUAUUCCUACUUAAAGUCAAAAUACAAAACAGUGGAUUGUGGGCAAGGAUUCAAUUUUAACUCUUUGCCGUUCAGCUUAAAAAAAUAUUUUUAAAUGCUCUACACUCUUGUUUUCAAUUCUCUUUCCCUUAGACUCCUAUUGUUCAAAUAUAGUCAUGCCUGUACCAUUCUACCCCUCAGUACUGGCCCCAACUCAUCACUCCUCAUUAACUGGUGACACAAAGACUGCAGAUAGAAUCCAGAGCAACACACAAUCUGCUGGAGAAACUCACUUGUAUAGACAGUAUCAGUGACCAAGGAGUGGUCAACGUUGUGGUCGAUACCUUGUAUCAGCGUUCUCCAGCCCUGAUCAUAAGGUCAUAAGUUCAUAUGUGAUAGGCAGAAUUAGGCCAUUCGGCCCAUCAAAUCUCCGCCAUUCAAACAUGAGCGAUCUAUCUCUCUCUCCUUUCCCCAUUCUCCUGCCAUCUCCCCACAACCUCUGACACUUGUACUAAUAAAGAAUCUAUCUAUCUCUGCCUAAAAAAUAUCCAUUGAUUUGGCCUCCACAGCCUUCUGUGGCAAAGAAUUCCACAGAUUCGCCACCCUCUGACUAAAGAGAUUCCUCCUCAUCUCCUUCCUAAAGGAAUGUCAUUUCAUUCUAAGGCUAUCACCUGAUACAGGGUUUUGAUUCAAAACAUCGACCAUUCCAUCCCUCUCCCCACCGCACAGAUGCUGCUCGACUCGCUGUGCGUCCUCUUGCAAAAUUGCGCGUCACUCUUCAUUGACUGUCCCUGCCAGACUACUGAGCACCUGGUGGACUUUGAGAGCCAUCGCUGUAGAGUUAUUCCCAUCCUUGCUGACGCGACAUGGACCUCCAACAACUCCCGCAGCGGUUGCUGGAAACAAAUCCCGACUAUUUAUUCACAAAUCUUGUCCUAACUGUAGUUUUCUGGCUAAUACUGAAUAAUUGGUACAUCGGAUAGCAUGUCUGAUCUGUGUAGGAAGGAACUGCAGAUGCUGGUUCAAACUGAAGAUAGACACAAAAUGCUGGAGCAUCUCAGCGGGAAUGGCAGCAUCUCUGGAGAGAAGGAAUGGGUGAAGUUCUGAAGAAGGGUCUUGACCCGAAAUGUCAACCAGUCUUUCUCUCCAGAGAUGCUGCCUGUCCCGCUGAGCAUAUCUGAUCUAUUUGGAUACCAUGCAAAACAAAGCUUUUCACUGUACCUCGGUACAUGUGGUAAUAAACAUAAACCUGAACCUUAUACCAAACACUGUAAAUGGAAGUUAGAAAUUUGUAGGACAAAAAUACAAAAUCCUUCAGCAACUGAGCCUUUGGUGAUUGAGAUAUGGCUUUGAAGGAAAUGAAAGGGAACCAACUUAGAAGGUGAUUUAGAAUUGGAAAUCACAUUAUCCUUUUUCUUAAAUUGAAAUGUUCACCCCGAGCAAGACAUUAAAUGCUUUACCUUUUGUAUUCCAUUUCUAGAAACAACUGUGAUUUUCCACAACCAAUUGUCCACAGUGUUCUCAAGUCUCCAGCUCUGGUUUUUAGGGGCCUACCUCCAAAUUUGAGAGUUACUGAAGAUUGCCUCAGCAGUCUGCACCUGGCAUGCACCAGAAAGCAAUGGAAUCUAUUCCAAUAGACCUCGCUCUGAUUUAAUUUCGCGGCACUGAUCUUUCUCUCCCCCCACCCCCCUGACUCGGAGCUGAUUGGGUUUCUCCGGCUGAGGAGGAAAAGACUUGGCGGAAUGGAGACUGUUCUCGGUGGGACCCACUGGAACCUAUCGCCACGAGUAAGGGAACCCACCCAAGGAACUUGUCACAGGAACUGUUGUGGCUUCCCAAUUUGCAGAACCCAAGCCUUCCCAGAAACUUGAGAAACUCUCGCUCUCUGAGAUCGACUGCGCAGAAUUGCUUUCUUUGUUACAGUUUUGUUCAGUGUUCAUGUGGCAGUCCCGAAAAUAGCUUUUGUAUCAUUUUACAAUGGGGGCCAGGAUGGAUUGCAAAGCCACAAAGCACAGUUGUUACAGUUUCAAUUAAACCCAGAGAUGUCAAGGUCUUUACUUCUCUUUUCUGAUUCGCACUUCAACUUUUGACAGAAUGUUUUUUUCCUCGUCCGCCUACCUAUCUGUCAGCUGUUACACAUCCUUCAGUUUACUAAGCAUUAGGAACAAUUUCGACCUAAACCAUUGAUCUUUCGUUGUGGUUCAGUCUGAGACACACUGACUUUAGUUGUUUUGGCCAGGGAGUUAUUUUUACCUGCAACUCACAGCCACGAUUCUGCCCCUUGUCAUCGAGUACGGUGAUGGGUCGUAAAGAAAGCAAUUGCUUGCAAGCUUCAAGGUGUCAUAGUGCUCCACUCCAGGACUCAAAGGUUCGCUCCCUUGAGCUCAAACAAGGCCAAACUUCAGGUGACCCCACCAACCAAGUGCAAGAGAGCAAGGGCAAAGUUCAGCAAGUGCACUUCAAGGAGGAACAGGCGUCCAACAUGAGGGAGAAGACUGAAGGAAAGCCUGCACCAAAAGGCAAAGCACAACGUCCCAGGCCACAGGGACUGGCCAGCUGCUCGCUGGUCAUACCCAAGAGACAAGGGGUUCUCAAAAGCAUCGCUAUUCAGACCUCGCCAAGUCUGAGAAAGCACCUUCCAAGGUUCAAAGGCAAAUUGAGGAACAGCAGCAAAUCAGCCAAGGGCUCCAUGUUAAUGGAGUCAGUUAAAGAUGCAGGGGCCACCGCCACUGGCAAAGGCCUGGCCUUGGAUGUGACCAAUGCCGCGACACAGGUUGAAAGGACUGAGCCCAGCUUAACCCAGGUGAAAGGAGCUGUGAGGGAAUCUUCUGAGCCGAGCACCUGUAGCAUGGUCAGCAGGAAGCCCUCAUCAAAAUCACCAGAGCCCAAACUACCAGAGACACAGUGCGAGGGGUCAGCUUCAUGCCACUGCCCAGAUAUCUCUGCUGAAGCACACAACUCUGGGAAAUUAAUGGUUUUGGACCAUCCAUCGGAUCCUGGAUUUCCUCAUUCCAACGCUGGUGACUCCUUGACUGAAAGUACACCGAGUGGGAAUGGUUCACAUCCAAAUUGCUCUGGUCUGCACAAACUGGAAUCAGUGUCGGCACAGCCGUCUAUUGCAGCCGAGCCUGGAGGGGACGGCCAGUGCAAGGAUAAGGUUUGGCCAGAGUGUUCAGACUGUCCUCCCGACUGUGUCGGCAAGAGUGAACAAGCGGGCAGAGAUGUUCCAAAAUCCACGUCAUGCACACUAAAUGAGGACAAGGCAGGCAUCUCGGGCACUGAUCCUGCUUCAGACAACGUUCCUAAUCACACAACCUCCUGUAACAUGGAAAUAAAAGCUGAAACCAGCAAAAGGAUUAAGGAAAUUAAUCAAAUCCAUCUGACACAAGGGGACUUAUUUGAUCUACAAGGCAGGAUGCAGUUCAUUGAGGAUACCCUACAGUCAAAUGAACACCAGAUCAAAGUCCUUCUGAAUGUAAUUCAGGACAUGGAGAAAACAAAAGCACUUAAUGAAGGGAGGAACUUCUAUCGGACUGGCCAGGACCUGAGUAACUGCAGCACAUGUCAGAAUACCGCCUGUAUCAUCUACAGUGUGAAAUAUGACUUUAGACAGCAGGAGGGCAGAUUCCAUCAUGUGCUCCGUGCCCUGGAGAUCGAGGAUGAAGGUACACAGCAUCAGGAUCUAACCAGAGGGAGCGCUGACGACCAGACUAGCCAGAAACAGGAGCUGAAGAAUAAGGCACGCAAGCCGAAGAAAACAUGUUUUUGGUGUCUGUGAGCAACCGCUGUCAAAAUAACUGCCACAAAAAUAGUGCUUUCUCUUUCCCAUGUAACUCGUGGGAAAUCAAGGGCUAUUGUGGGACAUCUUCUGCAUUUCAAGGGAGCUGCAGCCAGUUGUAUUAGUCAGGGCAAGUAACUCAGCUACCCAGGUAUUUGCACAAGGGCAAACUAUAAAGGUAAGACAAUUUGCACUGAGACCACUUCUACUGCUGUAGCUCUGUGGAACUGCACAGUGAAGGCGGCCACACAGUGUAGGCGACCGACCCAAUGUCAUCUGAUGAACUCAGGCCACUUGGUACAGGUUGAUGGAUCAUUUUAGAGCUACAUUCGGUUAAUGCAGCACUCUGACUGAUAAUGAGUUUAUUUUUGAUUAAUGAACAGAGGAGAAUGCAGCAAUAAUGGAUGCAAUGGAGAAUUUAAGCUUCCAAGUUAGAAAGUAAAAUCAAUCCAGCCCAAUAAUAAUGAUUGCAGCCUCAUUCAUUAUUGACAAAGGAGGAAGCAUGCACAUUCUCGUGUUUUUAACGGUCACGAUCUUUCUGCUUUUUAAUGUCAGAUACAGCAUUACAGUUCUGUCUCACUGUCGGUGUUCAAGCAGUGCCUCUUUUGUACAUUUAUAAAAGAAUCGGCUCGUGCUAGAUGGUGAAUUGAAAGCUGAGACCCCUGGUUACAAAUUUCAUGACUCAAAUCCACCCAAAACCCCAACCCUCUUUCUGGAAGUGGUCUCUGGAAGUUUAUCCAGCAUGUUCUGCACAGAAACAAAUUGUAUGACCUGCCACAUCCAAGCACUAGAGUUACAAUCCACGUAACAUCUUUAUUUCACCUCAUUUCAUUCUAUCUGUUCUCCUCCAUGGUGAUCAUGUUGCAUUUGUUAUAUGAGAUGCAUAAUUUGAUAAAGACAUAAAUGUUCACAAAGCUGUCAUGAAUCCCAAGGAGGGCCAUGGUAGGCUUUUAGAUAUUAGCCUAAAAAUAGUUUGCAGCGUUAACAGUGCAGGGACAUAUCUGUCUCAUAAUGACCCAGGUAAUCAGGUUAAUGGUUGCAUCAGCACUGACAAAGUGAGAUAGCGUUAUGAGCCCAUUCAUUGUUGAUGGCCCUAACAUUCUCAACUGACAUUUACAGAUUAGUGAGUGAUCUUGCAACAACCACAGUCAACCUGUAGGUUUAGAAAACUGCAAAGAAUGCCACAAAACUGCCCUGAGGUCCUUCCAAACAAAAGGGAUUGGCUCGAGUGCCCUGUUAGAGGAAUUGAGAGCAGAAAAAAGGGGUGGAUUGAAAACACGAGACCCUUCACCAGCUCUGAUCUACGAGCAUGGUUGAUGCAAGAGACUUCUUUCAGAGAGUGUGGGCAAAGCAGGGCACGCUACAGAAACACUGGUAUGAGAAUCGCAAUGCCGGUUACCACAGAAACACAGAUUCUGCCAAACAUUAUAACGGUUGCUGCAUAAACAAGCUAUUUUAGAAAUGUUCAACGAGAUUUCAUCUUCUGAUACAGGCCUAGACAAUGAUAAAAAAUAAAAAUGUCACACAUUAUUUCCCACACUCAGUUCAUACUAGGAAACAAAAUGGACUUAUCAUCUUUUACCACACAUUGUCCCCUCACUGGCAAGAUAAGGGCAGAGCACUCCAAGCGUCAGGAUUUAAACUUGAGACCAUUGCUUUUGAAGGCAAGGAACAGAAGAUUAAUUUGUAUAAAACACUCAUUUUGUUGCGAUAUUUUCAGAUUGGAGUCACCAUAGUGGAGUAGAGUUUAGUUUGGAGAUACAGUGCGAAAACGGGCCCUUCGGCCCACCGGGUACACAUCGACCAGUGAUCCCUGCACAUUAUCACGACCCUACACACACCAGGGACAAUUUUAUAUUUUAUACCAAGCCAACUAACCUACAAACCUGUACGUCUUCAGAGUGUGGGAAGAAACCGCAGAUCUCAGAGAAAACCUACGCAGGUCAUGGGGCGAACGUACAAACUCCAUACAGACAAGUACCCAUAGUCAGGAUCAAACCCAGGUCUCUGGUGCUAUGCGGCAGUAACUCUGUCGCUGUGUAACGUUGCCGCCUGUGGGGGUCAUGUAGUCAACUUUCUCUCCGGAGCACUGUCUCUACAUUUGUUUGAAGUUCAUUUUCAUCAUGGAGGUGUCACUGCCAAGGCUAAUAUUUAUUACCUUCAUAAAUACCAAACUAUGGAUGCGCUAACAGUUUAACAAAUGGCAACCAUGAUUCAUUGUAU